GCUCUGCGACCCACUCAAGUCGAGUGCUCCUACCGACCGGCGGGCCGCGGGCCGACUGGACUGCGGGGACCCGCCUGCCCGCAGGAACCGCGCUUCAUCGACUUAGGCUCGGGUCGGACAGCUACUGCCGAAAACGGAAAGCCUUGGGCGGGCUGCCCAUUGGACGCCGUGCCGGAAGUGGAAACCGGAAACGGUGUUUGGUGCCGCCCGGUAUGGCUCAAGCGGCGGCGGUCGCAGCCGUGUCCCUCGCGGGUGGCAGGGCGCGGGCGGCGCGCGCGGUGCUAGAUCAGGUGGUGCUGCCGGGUGAGGAGCUGCUACUGCCCGAGCAGGAGGAUGCUGAAGGCCUGGGAGGUGCAGGGGAGCGGCCGCUGCGCCUAAAUGCCGGCGUGCGCUCCCGGGUGCGCGUAGUGUGCGGCCCGGGCUUGCGGCGUUGUGGCGACCGCCUCCUGGUCACCAAGUGCGGCCGCCUCCGGCACAAGGAGCCCAGCGGCGGCGGCGGUGGCGGCGUUUACUGGGUGGACUCGCAGCAGAAACGGUAUGUCCCAGUGAAAGGAGACCAUGUGAUUGGCAUAGUGACAGCUAAAUCUGGAGAUAUAUUUAAAGUUGAUGUUGGAGGGAGCGAGCCAGCAUCUUUGUCUUACUUGGCAUUUGAAGGUGCAACUAAAAGAAACAGACCAAAUGUGCAGGUCGGAGAUCUCAUUUAUGGACAAUUUGUGGUUGCUAAUAAAGAUAUGGAACCAGAGAUGGUUUGUAUUGACAGCUGUGGACGAGCCAACGGAAUGGGUGUGAUUGGACAGGAUGGUCUACUUUUUAAAGUGACUUUGGGCUUAAUUAGAAAGCUGCUAGCUCCAGACUGUGAAAUCCUACAGGAAGUGGGAAAACUGUACCCACUGGAAAUAGUGUUUGGAAUGAAUGGAAGAAUAUGGGUGAAGGCAAAAACCAUUCAGCAGACCUUAAUUUUGGCAAACAUUUUAGAAGCUUGUGAACAUAUGACAGCAGAUCAAAGAAAACAAAUCUUCUCCAGGUUGGCAGAAAGUUGAUCUAUGUGGAUUUUUUAUAGGUGAGCCAAGAGACUGGAUUCCCUGGGGAAAAAUUUUUCAGGUGAACCUCUCUCCACUAAUCUUCAGAAGAUAAGAUACUGUCUUAUGUGAGUCUUAAAAUAUUUUUAUAAACAAGUCACUGGUUGCCACUCAUGUUCUUGUGGGUGAGAAAAAUAAUUAUAAAAUAGUAUUUUUUUGUUUUUUUAUAAUAAAGUUUACUAAAAGUUA